AUGGAAAGCCCUGAGAUGCCUGUAGAACACAUUGACGUCCUGGUGGUAGGCGGGGGGCCAGCUGGCCUCAUUACCGCGUAUCAACUUGCACGCAAUCUUGACCGUUCAAAAUACCGAAUCAAAAUUAUUGAGAAGCAUGUCAAGUCAUCACAAGACCAGUAUGGCCGUGCCAUCACCCUCUUCCCCCGCAGCUCAGAGAUGCUCGAGCAGCUCGGCCUUGCGGACUCUCUCGCCCAGCAAUGCUUCGCCUGCCGUAAGACGGCCAAUUACGACCAACAUGGCAAUGAAAUUAAGGGCAGAGGCUGGGCAUUUAUGCAAAACAUGAAAGAUACAAAGUGGGACUUUGCCCUAGUACUGCGGCAAAAGUACCAAGAAGAUGUAUUCCGGACCGCAAUGAAGAAAGAAGGCGUCGAACUACAAGCACCGUAUACACUGGUCGAUAUCCAGGUACCACAAGAUGUCAAGCCCUGCGGAUACAGAAUUCUAGCCACGAUUGAGCACAGCGAAACAAAAGACCAAAGCAUGUUAAAAUGCCGCUACCUAAUCGGUGCCGACGGCGGCAAAUCCUUUGUCCGUCGCACCCUCAACAUCCCUUUUGACGGCACCUCCACCGAAGACAAAUGGAUCCGCAUCGACGGCGUCCUCGAAACCAACCACCCCAAACCCCGUACCUACUGCGCCAUCGAAAGCCCUACGCAUGGAAAUGUCCUCGAGCGCCAAAAAGCGUACGAUGAAUUCACCCAGGACGCCGCUGAAAAGAAAGCCAUCGAAGCCGUAAAACCUUUUUCCAUCCGCUUCAAACAGGUGGACUGGUGGACUAUCUAUGUAGUAGGCCAACGCAUCGCUCGCUCCUUCUUCGUACACGACUGUAUCUUUCUAGUGGGUGAUGCAUGUCACACUCAUAGCAGCGGAGCAGCUCAAGGCAUGAACACUGGGAUCCACGAUGCCGUCAACCUAGCUUGGAAGUUAUCACUUGUGCUGAAAGGCGUAGCGUAUCCGCAUAUUCUGAACUCGUAUGAGGCAGAGCGUCUACCGAAUGUGCAGCGUUUGAUUAAGUACGAUAAGGGCAUUGCACGGCUUAUGACGAUGCAGUUGCCAGAGGGGUGGAAGGGGGAUCCGGGUGCGGAUCCGAAUGAGGUUCUUGGUAUGGUUAUGGCGGAGGUGGCGGAGUUUAAUAGUGGGUUAGGGAUUUUUUAUGAGGGAGAUGGGUAUUUGAAUGUUGGUACUUGUACUGAGGGCAUGGCGCAUGUGUCGAGGGCGGUGCGGGCUGGGCAUCGGGCGCCGGAUAUUGAGCUCACUAAGCCGGGGACGUGGGAGGGGACGAGGUUGCUGGCUCAGACGCCGAAUUUUGCGGGUUUCUAUGUGUUGGUUUUUACGGGGGAGGUGGAGGGGUCGAGGAAGUAUCUUAGGGAGUUUGUGGGGGCGUUGGGGAGAGUGCCGUGGUUGAGUGGUGGUGAAGUGCCGAUGUCAUGGAUUACUGUUAUUUCUAGACGGGGUAUGUCGUCUGCUUAUGAGGCUUUGGGUGGUAUGAUGCCGUUUGGACGUGUCUUUUAUGAUGAGGAUGGCAGUGCGCUUGCAAGGUAUGGGGUUGAUAAGGAGAAGGGUGGGGUGUUUGUCUUAAGGCCAGAUGGAUGGGUGGGUAUGGUUUUGGCACUAGAUGGAUCUGCUGGAGAGAAGCUUGAGGGAUAUUUUGCGAAGUUCUUGGUGGGAGUGGGAGACAGAAUGGUGGCGAGGCUGUAGACUUGACAAAGACGGGAUGAGUGGAAAAGAGAGUAUAGAGGAUAUCUCAAACGUCUUUGCACAAUCCUACACUUCGGUUUCCUUCUCUCAGUUACUGAUGCAGUGCUUGUCAAAAGGCA